GACCUGAAGGGGAGAGGACGUCAUGUGAUAUUAGUAUUAGAGAAAACGGGAUGUCGCUCUCCACUACACGAAAGAAAACGGGAGGAGAGACAUAAAUAAACGGGGUAACAAUUAUAGAUAUUUUCUUAUACAAACAAACAAGCAAACAAACAAGAAAAUAAGCGAUGUCUGUGAUAUAAGAAUAAGUAAUAAGAAAGAAUAAAUAAGAAUCAGUGAAAAUAAGAAAGAAGGAAUAAGAAAGGAAGAAAAAGAUAAUUGAAACUGCUUAUUAUGUGUUCUGAGAAAGGAGAAAAAGUUUAAGUAUUUGUAUAUAAGUAAAAAAAAAGUAGUAGUUGUAGUAGUAGUAGUAGUGACACUCAGAUACUGGAAAAGAAAUUAAAAGUAAAGAAACAGAAGACAAAAUAGUGAAAGGAAUAUAAAGAAAUAAAAAGAAAGGAAGAAAGAAAGAAGAAGAGGAAGAAAAGGAAGGAGAGAGUGAAGACAAACAUACAGAAGACAGAAACAAGACAAAAAAGUGAAAGGAAAACAAAGAGAAAGAGAAUAGGGAAGAGAAAGGAAGAAAAAUAAAGAAGGGAGAGAGAGAUAACAACCAAACAAGACAAACAAGGAAACGAGAAAGUAUAAGUAAAGAGUCCAUAGAAGAAAAAGGAAGAAAGAAGGAAGAAAAAUAAAGAAGAGAAGGAGUAAAUUGGAGUAGGAGAACACACAACCACGACUACAAUCUCUCUCUGUAAGUCGAUACAUUCAUAAACUCUUAAAAUUCAUUACAAAACAAGCCAAAAAUAAACGAUAGAAGAAAAAGAAAGAAAGAAGGAAGAGAAGAAAGAAGAGAGACCAAAGAGAAGGAAUAAAGAGGAGGAGGAGAACACACAACCACCAUCAUUUUUCUCUGUGUGUGUAGGGGUGCCUCCUCUACCCACAAGUCCUGAUGCACCGGCGGUCACAGAGCCACCCUCUCACCCCGCCCACGCCACCCCCCGCUCACAAGGCAGGGGGGCGGCGUGGGCGGGGGGGGCGGGUGGCGGUGUGGGCGUGGGCGUGGUGGCUCGGGGUGCUGAGUCUGAGUAAGCUGACCCUCGCUAUCGUGCCUGUCUUCUACGAGUCGGCGAGGAUGUCAGCGCUGAGGUUACCCGUUAGCACGGAGCCCGGGGAGUUGAUUUACCAGCUACGGGCCCAGUACUCAGAUGUGCGCGUCCCCCUGUUAUUCAGCGUGCACGGGCAGGACAGCGACGUCAUCACAAUCAACUCAAACGAGGACUAUGGACUCGUGUAUUUGAGGGAGCGAUUAUCAACCAGGAGGAACUACACUUUUAUACUGACGGUGCAGACGGAGGGAGCAACAGACGGCGUGGUUGACGGUCUAACAGAGGUCCCCGCCUGGAUCAUACCGACGGAAGGAAGGACCCCGACGUCUGAUAUCUUCCUCAAACACACCUCGGCUAGUCUUGUCCCUGAGGACGCGAAGGUUGGUCAUUUCGUCACGUCGGUCAUUGUGAAGAAGAAGACGGACGGGCCAGCAGUCAGCUUCAUGUUACUGGGAGACACAACCAAGCUCUUCAAGGUCUCCGCCAGGCUUAACUCGGCCGAUAGCUGGAGGGCGGAGGUGCUUCUUCAGGGAAAACUUGACUACGAGAAGAGAAACUUACACGCCAUCCAAGUCUGCGCGAAGAACCCGUACACCGACGAGAAGUUCGACAGCCGUAACAUCGUGUGCGUGAGCGUGAGCGUGCUGGUGGAGGACCGUCAGGACCUGCCGCCCCUCUUCCUGUACGCCCCGCCCAUCACCAGGAUCACCAGCGACAACUUGAAGGACGAUGAGCUGGUGAGGGUGCGGGCUGUUGACGGUGACCAGGGUGAACCCAGGGAGAUUCGGUACACCCUGCAGGCUACAUCUUCUCAGUAUGCGUCCUUCUUUGCUAUCAACCCCACGACAGGCUCCAUCACGCUUCAGAACACCGUCAACCGUCUUCUGGAGGCCAUGGUGACCUUCGAGCCCAUCUUGGUAACAGUGACGGCGGUGGAGAUGGAGGAGCAGCGAACACGUGCCCCGCGGGAGUCUUACGCCACCUCCGUCGAGAUCGCCUUCGUUAUCAUGGACUCCGACAUGAUGAUACCCAAAUUCACCUACCAGCAGUACGUGGGCGAGGUGCGGGAGAACAGUCAGCCCGGGACAGCCGUGGCUUUCCCCGAGACCGGCUUUCUGAAGGAGGGUCUGAAGGGGGUAUUCGCGCUAAGACUGGAAGGCGACGAGGGGGUCUUCGCGGUCGAGCCCAGCGUGGUGCGGGACAGCGGGGAGAUAAGCAUUAAAGUGAAGAACACGGCGCUGCUGGACUAUGAGGAGAGGCCUUACGUGGAGUUUGAGCUCAUCGCGCGGCAGGUGUCAGGGUCGGGCCAGGCUUCCAGCAGCGCCCAGAUCCGAGUUAACCUCAUCGACCUGAACGACAACCCUCCAGUCUUCAGCCAAUCUGUUUACCAGACCGAGAUAUACGAAAACAUCACCGCCGGAGCCUCCAUUAUAAAAGUCGUGGCCCGGGACGCUGACCAGGGACCAUUUGGCGCCAUCAAGUACACUCGGCUCAGCGGGGAUAUGGCGGACCGUCUCGAUCUGAACGCCUACUCGGGGCUGAUCACCAGGAACUCCGACGUGCUCUCCUUCGACCGGGAGAGGAAGCCAGAGAUUCACCUAACCGUGGAGGCAGCGGACCACAACGGCGUCGGUAACACAGCCAUGGCGCGCGUGGUGUUGGUGCUGCUAGACGUGAACGAUGAGGCGCCGGUCUUCCAGCACACCGUCUACCAGGGCGUGAUGAAGCCGGACCAGACGGGGCUCAGGUCACCCAUACAGGUCCAGGCCGUGGACAGGGACGCCGAGGAACCCAACAACCAGGUUCGCUACGGGCUUGAACCCUCGGCCUUCUCCACCUACUUCAGCGUGGACACUUUGACGGGGGAGCUGAGGGUGGUCAAGGCACUUUCCUACCCCCAGGUCUCCUCCAUCAGUGACUCACGUCCGGAGAGGACUUACGAGGAGGAAAUCAUCCAACUCAACGUCAUCGCCUUUGACCUUGGGACGCCCCAGCUGACCACAACCGUCCCUGUACAAAUCUUCCGCGAGGAGUUUGUGGAGCGGUUCAUCACGUUCAUCUACCCGAGGCCCAAGAUAGAGGUGGAGUUGAAGAGGGCCGACAUUGAGGGCAUGUUGCGUACACUGACGGGAGGCAACGCGCAGAUCCGAACUGUUGAGCAUUUCACCAACCAGGACACAUCGAGGUUCCCAGACUCCCACUCCGCCGAGCCUGUCAAGAGCAUCGUGACGGCGCUGGUCCGCAACAAUGUCAACACGGUGGUGGACAUCGAGAAGAUCCUGAAGCAACUCAACAACACGCAGCCCGUCGCCUGCAAGCUGGAGGGCGUGCAGCUCUCCAGCGUGCAGGGCGAGCGAGACUCCUACCUGGCGGGCGUGGUGAUACUGUGCGUGCUGCUGGCGCUCGUCAUCCUGCUCAUCAUCCUCUGCUACAUGUGGUCCAUCUGCCCGCUCUACCGCGUCAGGAAGAGCCGCAAGGUGGUGGCCGAGGAGGGCGGGCCGGACAGCGAGCGGGUGUCGUACAUCCGCGUGGACGAGCGCGGCGGCUACCGCGGCUACGAGGAGGAGCGCACCUGGUGGGACUACCUGCCGGCGUGCUGCACGGACGCCGCGCUGUACCUGGGCGUGACGCCGCCCAAGCGUGGCGGCGGGCGCCUGGCCUGGAGCGGCGACGAGCGGCAGCGCUACUGGCAGUUCGGCGGCGGCGGCGAGGGCGUGGCCGUGGACGAGCGAGUGGCGGCGCGGCGGCCCGGCGGCCGCGGCGACCUGCUGCUGCUGGAGGACCUGGACGAGGCUCGCCUGCAGCAGCAGCAGGUGGCGGCCGGCGGGGCGGGACGCAUGCUGCGGGUGGACUCCCGCAACUCCUUCACGUCCCAGGACCCGCGCCGCUCCUUCAUCCUGCGGGACGCGCGCGGCCACCCGCGCCUGGCGGAGACGGUGCGGGAGGGCGAGCACUACCUGAUGGAGGAUGUGGACGGCUCCCCGCGCGGCCUGCGCCCGGACGACCCGCGGCUGCGGCUUGAGGACCCACGCACGCUGCGGGUGGAGGAGCCGCGCCCCGCGCCACCGCCCGCGCCUCCCGAUGAGGAGGGUUACGCGCGGCAGGGAAACGGGGAGGACCUCCGACUUCACGCCAGCCCGCCCGGCGCCGCGCCCCGCGAUGACGGGGCCGCGGGCCGGAGGGGCCGCCCACCCAGGCGGGCUGGCGGGGGGCCGGGGGGGAGGACGACGGAGGGGACGAGGCGCCUCAGGCACGAGGACGCGGGGGGCGGGGAAGGGGGGGGCGGGGGCGGCGGGGCCAGCCCCCCCCUAGCAGACGUCAUGAUCCAGACGGAGGUUCCGGGGGCCGCGGGGCCCGGAGGGGCGCCCGCCGUGCCCCGCCUCCGCAUCAGGACGCCCAUCCUGGAGGAAACGAGCAGCCUGCUGGAGGCCGAGGGCUUGUCGAGACGCGAGACGCAGCGGUACAGGCGCCCAGCCCGCCAGGGGGAGGCUGGGGCUGGGGGGGAGGAUGGGGAGGAGGGGGAGAGCCCCGAGGACUGGGAUUCCGGCUCGGCGGGGGCUGGAGGGGGCCGGCGCGCUAUCAGAUUAUCCCAGCCGGCCAACUCCUUGUACCAGCACAACAAGGCGUCCAUUAUGCGCUUCGAGACCAACAAGGCGCGGCUUGGGGAGGGCGCGGCCCAGGAGGCGCCCGCGCCGCGCCGCGCCGCGUCUACCUCAGCACCGGAGGGACGGCGAUCCUCCAGCCUGGACGGCCGCCGGGGUGGGGGGGAGGGGGGGCGGCGGGCCCCGGGCUCUGGCCCGCCUGGCCUGACGCGGCGCGGCUCGCUGCCCUCCCUGGCGCUGGAGACAACCGGCCUGGAGCGGGAGGCGGCGGCGCGCCGCUCACACCCCCGCCGCCACCACGACCUGCCCGCCGCCGACGGUAGGUCGAGGCACUCCUCCGAGGACGACGCCGACUCCGAGCCGGAUGCCUCGGGGGGGCGCCGCUCCCGGCCCCGUGCCAACGCGCGGUACAUGGAGUGGUACGAGCGGGCGCGGAGCCACGACCCGCGCCACGCCCCUCGGGACGACGCACGCCACCACGACGACCCGCGCUACCAGGACGACCCGGCCUACCCGGACCCCAGGUACCCCGAUCCCCGCUAUGCGGACCCGAGGUACCCGGACCCCAGGUACCCGGACCCGAGGUACCCGGACCCCAGGUACGCGGACCCACGGUAUCCAGACCCACGGUACGCGGACCCCAGGUACGACCCCAGGUACCCGGCAGACCCCAGGUACGGCGACCCCCGGUACGCGGACCCCAGAUACCAGGACCCGAGGUACGCGGCAGACCCCCGCUACGGCGACCCCCGGUACGCCGACCCCCACUACAGCGACCCGCGCCUGCACCAGGAGCUGCACCUGCAGGACCCGCGGCUACAAGCCCCGGGCCAGCAGGACGCGCCGCGCCAGCAGGAGGCGCUGCAGCAGGCGGCGCCGGGCGCGGAACCGCGCUUCGAGUCGCCGCGGCUGCCCGAGGCUGAGGCACGGCUGCUGCAGCAGGAGUUCGUGGCGCCCGCGCCGCCCGAGGAGCCGCGGCCGCGCGUGCCCGAGGCGCGGGAGGCGGCGGAGGGCUCCGAGGAAGCGCCGGCGGUUCCCACUGAGGCCCCUGCGCCCACUCAUGCGCCCCAGGCCCCGGACGGCAAGACGCAGGAGGGGGCGGACGCCGAGCUGCGGGCGCUGCUGGAGGAGGAGGGCGGCACUGGGGGCGCGGGCACGCCUGAGGGCGCGGGGGGUCGGGCGCGGCGGCCCCGCAACCCCCUGAUGGAGAAGAAGAGCAUCUUCACCAUCGCCUACGACGACAUGCGAACCAGGAACCUGCGCCCGGAGAGUGCCGGCCAGGACGCGCCCUAGGGCGUGUGUGUGUGUGUGUGUGUGUGUGUGUGUGUGUGUGUGUGUGUGUGUGUGUGUGUGUGUGUCCACUCUCCCUUCUUCCGUCCCUACCUUUUCCAUUUCCUCCUGUCUUCCCGUCCUUCCUCUCGUUCCUUCCUCCUCCUCCUCCUCCUCUCUUCCUCGCACCAUUCCUUUCUUCUCCUCCUCUUCCUUUCUUUUUUUCGAUGUUUAUUUAUCCAUUCUCUCUUCCUUUCCUCCAUAUUUCCUUUCCUACCCUUUUUUUUAUCUCAUCGCCAUAUUCUCUCUCUCUCUCUCUCUCUCUCUCUCUCUCUCUCUCUCUCUCUCUCUCUCUCUCUCUCUCUCUCUCUC